UAUCCAAUGAUGAGACUCAGUGAGAACUGAGCUGCUGCUGGUGCAUACGGUAUGGGAACAGCAAACUUCAUUGCCCUGGCAGUCCGCCUGGAUUGAUAACUGUCACCCCUCCUCCAGCAAGCUUUGAAAUUGCACGGAGUACUGGAAACACUAAUCCUCUCGGAAGCAGUUGACUGUGGCAGGAUGUGUGGAUGAUGAUGAUGGCAAGAAAGCAAGAUGCUCGCACUCCCACCUACAACAUUAAUGUGGUGGGAUUGUCCGGGACGGAGAAGGAGAAGGGGCAAUGUGGCAUUGGGAAGUCUUGCCUCUGCAAUCGGUUUGUGCGGCCUAGUGCAGAUGACUUUCAUUUGGACCACACUUCAGUUCUCAGCACCAGUGACUUUGGAGGAAGGGUCGUCAAUAAUGAUCACUUUCUGUACUGGGGGGAAGUUGGGCGUCCCCUGGAGGAUUGCGUGGACUGUAAAAUGCAUAUUGUGGAACAGACUGAAUUUAUUGACGACCAGACUUUUCAGCCACAUCGUAGCACGGCCCUGCAGCCCUAUAUCAAAAGGGCAGCUGCAACCAAACUUGCAUCAGCUGAAAAGCUCAUGUACUUUUGCACUGAUCAGCUAGGGCUGGAACAGGACUUUGAACAAAAACAAAUGCCAGAUGGAAAGCUACUGAUUGAUGGCUUUCUUCUCUGCAUCGAUGUUAGUAGAGGUAUGAACAGGAACUUUGAUGAUCAACUUAAGUUUAUUUCAAAUCUUUACAAUCAACUAGCAAAAACAAAAAAGCCCAUUGUGGUGGUCCUGACGAAGUGUGAUGAAGGAGUGGAGCGGUACAUUAGAGAUGCACAUACUUUUGCCUUAAGCAAAAAGAAUCUCCAGGUUGUGGAGACAUCUGCUAGAUCCAAUGUGAACGUUGACCUGGCUUUCAGCACUUUAGUGCAGCUAAUUGAUAAAAGUAGGGGGAAGACUAAAAUUAUCCCCUACUUUGAAGCUUUGAAACAGCAGAGCCAACAGAUAGCUGCUUCAAAAGAUAAGUAUGAAUGGCUGGUUAGCCGCAUUGUCAAAAACCACAAUGAAACAUGGUCGAAUGUCAGCCGAAAGAUGCAGUCCUCUCCAGAAUAUCGGGACUACGUGUAUUUGGAAGGAACACAGAAAGCCAAGAAGCUGUUCCUACAACAUGUCCAUCGCCUCAAGCAAGAGCAUAUAGAGCGCAGAAGAAAGAUGUAUCUUGCUGCUCUUCCUCUAGCAUUUGAUGCUCUUAUUCCUAAUCUGGAUGAAAUAGAUCACCUGAGCUGCAUAAAAGUAGAGAAGUUAUUGGAGACUAAGCCAGAUUUCUCAAAAUGGUUUGUUGUUCUUGAUGAGACCCCUUGGGAUGCUACUAGCCAUAUAGACAACAUGGAAAACGAAUGCAUUCCUUUUGACCUGAUGGAGACUCUGCCUGCAGAGCAACUUUAUGAAGCUCACUUAGAAAAGCUGAGAAAUGAGAGGAAAAGAGCAGAAAUGAGAAGGGCUUUCAAAGAAAAUCUGGAGACUUCCCCUUUCAUAACACCUGGAAAACCAUGGGAAGAGGCUCGUAGUUUUAUUAUGAAUGAGGAAUUUUACAUGUGGCUGGAGGAAUCUGUCUAUAUGGACAUCUACUGCAAACACCAAAAACAAAUGAUAGAAAAGGCAAAGGAGGAGUUUCAGGAACUGCUUCUGGAGUAUUCAGAAUUGUUUUAUGAGCUGGAGCUUGAUGCUAAACCUAGCAAAGAGAAAAUGGGUGUCAUUCAGGAGGUUUUAGGUGAAGAGCAAAGAUUUAAAUCUUUACAAAAGCUGCAAGCUGAGCGAGACGCCCUUAUUUUGAAGCACAUUCAUUUUGUGUAUCACCCAACUAAGGAAACUUGUCCUAGCUGCCCAGUUUGUAUCGACUCUAAAAUCGAGCACUUGAUCAGUUCCAGGUUUAUAAGACAAUCUGAGCGCAAUCAGAAAAACUUGCUUUCUGAUUCCAACAUAGAUAGGAUCAAUCUAGUUAUUCUUGGCAAAGAUGGCCUUGCACGUGAACUAGCAAAUGAGAUUCGAGCUCUGUGUACAAAUGACGACAAGUAUGUGAUAGAUGGUAAAAUGUAUGAACUUUCCUUGAGACCAAUUGAGGGUAAUGUCCGACUUCCUGUUAAUUCUUUUCAGACACCAACAUUUCAGCCACACGGUUGUCUCUGCCUUUAUAAUUCGAAGGAAUCUCUAUCUUACGUUGUGGAAAGUAUUGAAAAGAGUAGAGAGUCCACCCUUGGCAGAAGGGACAAUCACUUGGUUCAUCUUCCUCUGACACUAAUACUGGUUAACAAGAGAGGGGACACCAGUGGAGAAACACUGCAUAGCUUAAUACAGCAAGGUCAACAGAUUGCCAGUAAACUACAGUGUGUCUUUCUUGACCCCGCUUCUGCUGGCAUUGGAUAUGGACGUAACAUUAAUGAAAAGCAAAUCAGUCAAGUUUUGAAAGGAUUACUGGACUCGAAGCGUAACUUAAAUCUUGUAAGUUCUACAUCUAGCAUCAAAGAUUUAGCAGAUGUUGACCUUCGAAUUGUUAUGUGUUUGUUGUGUGGAGAUCCUUUUAAUGCAGAUGACAUCCUUCUACCUAUCCUUCAGUCCCAAACCUGCAGACCUUCCCAGUGUGGCAGUAGUAACUCAGUUCUACUUGAACUACCAAUAGGACCACACAAAAGACGGAUAGAACUGUCCAUCCUUUCAUACCAUUCCUCAUUCAGCAUUAGGAAAAGCCGGUUAGUCCAUGGGUACAUUGUGUUUUUUUCAGCAAAACGUAAGGCGUCCUUGGCUAUGUUACGUGCCUUUCUUUGUGAAGUGCAGGAUAUUAUCCCUAUUCAAAUUGUGGCACUCACAGAUGGCUCAAUAGACAUUUUAGACAAUGACUUAAGUCGAGAACAGAUGACUGAGGGACAGGAGAUUGCCCAAGAAAUUGAUGGAAAGUUUACGACAAUACCCUGUAGCCCGCCUCAACAUAAACUUGAGAUCUUUCACUCAUUCUUUAAAGAUGUGGUGGAGAAAAAAAAUAUAAUUGAAGCCACUCAUAUGUAUGAUAAUGCUGCUGAAGCAUGCAGCACGACAGAAGAAGUGUUUAAUUCACCUCGGGCUGGCUCACCUCAUUGUAAUUCAAACCUUCAGGAUUCAGAAGAAGACACUGAGCCACCAUCUUACAGCCCAUUUAGAGAGGACACAUCCAUGCCCACUUUGCCCAAAGAUCAUUCUAAACUGUCAAUGGAACUGCUGGAGGGGAAUGAUGGUCUGUCUGUCUUUUCUGUUAUGAGCACUUUCGAAAGCAAGCUGAACAACAAAGUACCUCCUCCAGUGAAACCAAAGCCCCCUGUACACUUUGACAUUACAAAGGGGGAUCUGUCUUAUUUGGAACAAGGGCAUAGAGAUGGACAGAGGAAGUCUGUGUCGUCUAGUAGUUGGCUGCCUACAGAUGGUUUUGACCCUUCUGAUUAUGCAGAACCUAUGGAUGCUGUGGUCAAACCAAGGAAUGAGGAAGAAAAUAUAUACUCUGUGCCUCAUGACAGCACCCAAGGCAAAAUCAUCACCAUUCGUAAUAUUAACAAAACUCAAUCUAAUGGCAGUGGUAAUGGUUCAGACAGUGAAAUGGACACAAGCUCUCUGGAACGUGGUCGAAAGGUGUCUAUUGUUAGUAAACCUGUGUUGUAUCGGACAAGAUGUGCGAGACUUGGGAGAUUUGCCAGUUACAGAACCAGUUUCAGUGUAGGAAGCGAUGAUGAGUUAGGGCCCAUUAGGAAGAAAGAAGAAGACCAGACAUCCCAAGGAUAUAAGGGGGAUAAUGCUGUUAUUCCGUAUGAAAGUGCAGAUGGAGAAGAUCCAAGGAGAAGGAACAUUUUACGAAGCUUGAGAAGGACAACAAAGAAACCAAAGCCAAAGCCUCGGGCAUCCAUCACAAAGACUCCGUGGGAAAGUAAUUAUUUUGGGGUGCCUUUGUCCACUGUAGUGACUCCAGAAAAGCCUAUUCCCAUCUUUAUCGAGCGAUGUAUUGAGUACAUUGAAGCAACAGGGUUGAAUACUGAAGGAAUCUAUCGUGUGAGUGGAAACAAGUCUGAAAUGGAGAGUCUGCAGAGACAGUUUGAUCAAGAUCACAAUCUAGACCUGGCAGAGAAGGACUUUACAGUGAAUACUGUGGCUGGUGCCAUGAAAAGCUUCUUCUCAGAACUACCCGAUCCUCUGGUACCGUACAAUAUGCAGAUUGAACUGGUGGAGGCCCACAAAAUUAAUGACCGAGAGCAGAAGCUACAUGCGCUCAAAGAGGUGCUGAAGAAAUUUCCCAAGGAGAACUAUGAGGUCUUCAAAUAUGUCAUCUUUCAUUUGAACAAGGUCAGUCACAACAACAGAGUGAAUCUGAUGACGAGCGAGAACCUCUCCAUCUGCUUCUGGCCCACCUUGAUGAGACCUGACUUCAGCACUAUGGACGCUCUCACUGCAACUCGCACCUAUCAGACAAUCAUUGAACUCUUCAUCCAGCAGUGCCCCUUCUUUUUCUACAAUCGACCAAUUAUCGAGCCCCCCAGUGCUACACCCAGUUCUCCGUCAGCGAUUCCUGCCAGCACACCUGUCUUAUCCAGCACACCUGUGAUGACUCAGCCGUCCCCACCACAGACUCCUCCUCCAUCACCACAGUCUCCUCUCCAGCCUCUUCUCCCACCCCAGCUUCAAGCGGAGCAGCACACACUGUGAACUGGUGUGGGAGAAAGGAGGUUUGGUCUUUUCUCACACAGCGUGGAGAUUGGAAAGAAAACCCAGGGUUCUGUUGUCCCCCUCUCUCUACCAUCCUGUUGCAAGCUACAGCUGUGUUGGCAGUCUGAGAAAGCAGGAACAAGUUGGGGCAUUGGGUGCACAUUUUGAGCGUUCCAGACUGGUGCCUGGGACUGGGUUGAAGAGGACAUUGGACCUUUCUCUUGUUUGUGGGGGUUGGGGGGGGGCACUUUUGAGUACUGAAUCUGUUCAAGUGUGAUUGGUUCUGAUCCAAGCCAACCUACGUUCAUGACAACACUACCGAGUUCAAUCUAGGGCUCUGAGAUCUAUUGCUUCUGUCCACUUGGCUGCUUGUACAGAACAUGUCCUUUGACUGGCUCUUCGCAGCACCCUCAGCCUGUGCAUGGGAAAGAUCCUGCCAGAGC